CAUUUCUUUGAACAGAAUCAGGAGGAAAGAAUAAAAACAUUCAGACUGAAUCAUCCUGGUGUCUUCAUUUAAAAUGUUGAAAAAUUCCCAAAAGUGUUGAAAAUGUGGACAUCAGAAGUUUCACCGUGAAUAUUUUUUUUUUCCCACAUUUUCAAACUUUAAACGGGUCAGUUUGACCCGCAGGACGACACGAGGGUUCAUGUGAAUGAACUUUAUCUCUCUGGUUCCCCUGACAGAACGUCUGUCUUCGUGUGGUUCUGGCUCUCCAGACCAGGAUCUGGGUCUCUAAGGGUUAAAGUCUGGUUCUGUAGACCAGGAUCUGGGUCUCUAAGGGUUAAAGUCUGGUUCUGUAGACCAGGAUCUGGGUCUCUAAGGGUUAAAAUCAGCCCUGGGUUCUGCUGCUGGGCUUAGAGCGCCCCCUACUGUUCUCCUGCUAGUGGAGGAGGCGUGGUGCUGGAGGUCCUCCCCCUCCUCAGACCUGCUGCUGCUCGGCUCAGACCUCCUCAGAGACCUGCAGCAGCAGCUCGGGCCGGUUCUCCUCCUGGAUUCUAAGAGGAACGUGCUGAUCCUGGACCUGUUUUUCUGGAUUCUGUCCCCUGAGGAACUUUGAUCAGGACUAACUGUGUUUGUGCCAGAACAACCAUGUUGUUCUCCGGCCGGGUUCUCCAGAGAUGGUUUCUGGCUGUUUUCCUGCUCUGUUCUCCGGUCAGCGGUCGGCCCAUCGACGCCCUCAGCAGCAGGAUAAAGCGUUCAGUGACCCAUGCUCAGCUGAUGCAUGACAAAGGCCGGACGCUGCAGGACUUCAAGCGUCGCAUGUGGCUGCAGGAGCUCCUAGACGAAGUCCACACGGCUGAGAUCCGAGAGCUUCCCGUCAGAACCACGGCCGGAGGAGCAGCGGGAGGCAGCGGCGGCCUGGGGCUGCCGGGCCUCAGCACCACCGGCAGCACCAUGCACUCCAAACCGCCCGGAGUCACCAAGAACCUCCCCAUCAGCUACCGACUGGAGGAGGAAGAAGGAACCAACCUGCCGCAGGAAACCAACAAGCAGACGUACAAAGAUGGAGUCCUGAAGGCGCCCGGAAAGAAGAAGAAGAAAGGCAGGUCUGGGAAGAGGCGAGAAGGAGAGAAGAGGAAGAGGAGGGCCAGGUCGUUGUCAUGGAGACCGGAGGACGAAGCCGGCAGCAGAAUCCACCUGGAGUGGAGGUCGCUGCUCGGCCUGCAGAGGGCGCUGCAGUGAAACACCGUCAGACUCUGACCAAGAAGCUCCAUCCUCUGGGAGUGACUCCUAAAUGCUCCUGUUACAGCCGUCUGUAAUGGUGAUUAUUUGGACAGAAAUUGGAACAUAUUUAUUGUGUGUAAAUAUUCUAAAUAUAGCAGAAUAUGACGAGAACCUGAUGAAGCUCUGAGGAGCUCCACACCUUCAUCUUUGUGAAUCCCUGCUUUUCCUUUUUUAAAGCCGUAAUGUCAGAUGUUCUGCCGUAAUUUAUUUUGUCUGAAUGGUGUAUUUAUUUUGUAAAUGUAUCGAGGUGCUGCUGACCUUCUAUAUUUUUGUACCAUAAUGCACUUUAGAUAUAUAAAUAUAAAUAUAUAUACCAUUAAUGUUGUUUGUGUUUGAUUGAAAUGAAGACUUCUCACUGUCUGGUUCCUCUGCUGCUGUUUCCUGUUUCCUGCUUCUCCACUUCCUGUUUGUACAUAAACGGCUCCAUGUUGUUUUGGACAAAUGCACUGAGAUAAACUCUGUACUGACGGAUUAAACUUUUCACAGUUUA